UUUGGAGAAGGGCCCAGCCGCUCCUCCGCUGGGGGUCCAGCUGUCGCCCAGCCCCCACGCCUAAUAAGCAGCUCCACCGUAGAGCUGUCCAGCGCAUUUUGGAGAGCUGGUUGUUAAACAUUUCCCAGCACUCCCCUGAAUUUCCUUCCUCGUUCCGGCAGCUGUGUUCCUCCUUGGAGCUCCCUAGCCACAUCCUCCCCCCCCUUGGGAGACAAACAGGCCUUUGGGUGCUUCCGCUGCGUCCCGCCUUGUCCAGACCCUUUGGGGACCCCGAGGGCGAGCAGCAGGGCCCAAGGCCGCUUCCACCGGACGCUGACCUAGGAAGGUCUUCUCUGUGUCGUUGGCCAUCUGGAGACAGGGUCCAGCUCUCAAGAAGACACUUUAUCAAAUGACCUGGAGUCAGGGAGACCUGAGUUCAAAUCCCCCCCGACUGAAAUGGCCCCUCCCUCCCCAGGGUGUUGUGAGGACCCAGGGUGCCCGGCUUGGAGCAGAUGCUCCGCACGUGUUGGCUAUCGCCGUCAUGUGCUACGUUUACGGCAGGGCCCUGAAAGCUCGCUCAGGGGCUCCCCGAUCCGGCCUCUGGCCCUACUAGUGGCGAGUCACCGAACCGCUGCUCGCCUCGGUUUCCCCAAAUGUAGAACAGGGAUAGGAACGGCAGGGAGCCGGAAGGGUCGGCACUCUGCCAGCCUCGCAGUGCUGGAGAGAGGCCGGCUCUGGGGGUUACGUCGGCCCCGAUGGGGCUCUGCCAUCGUCCCUUCUCCAUCCGUUGGCUCUGGAGUCCUCCCUGGAAGUCCAGCUCCCGGGCCACGGAUGGUGCUCUUGCCGGCCCCUCUCGGCCAUCCGAGCCCUCUCUGCCUCCCCUUCCUCCUGCGCCUCUCCUGCCUCGCAGGCCGUGUCCCGGGGUGUUCUCCGGGGGCAGCUCCCCGAAAGCCCUUGCUGUCCCUGGGCAGGGGAAGGGGCUCCCAGGGGCCGAAUCAGCCCCCCCACAGCAGUCGGCAGCCUGGGGGUGGGGGGGGAGGCCACGACGAAGCAAAUCCAAGAAAUCCAAAGAUGAAAGUUCAUCAGAAUCGGGCCGAGCUUGCAGUUUCCCAAGUGUUACAAGAACCAAUCUGUGGGCCGAGUUUCUCAAUUUCCUGUGCCUCGUUCCCGCGCCGGGGAGGACCAGGAUAAAAAGGGGCAUCAGCUCUGGGCGGAACUUCUCCUUUUGAGGAGGCUCCCGCCGCCUGGCAGCUUCCCGUGGCCUGUGGGCACAGCCCAGCCGGCCCUUCUUUGGGAGACGCGGACGCUGCGGGCCGGGGACAUGGGCAGAGCCAGCGCGUGGCCCUCUGGGGCCUCUGGGCAUGCCGAGUCUGGAAGGAGCCGGCGCCCACCUCCCCUGUGGCCCUGCGGCUUUUCCCUCUUGGUGGUCAGCGCCUACUUCCUCAGCAGCAGCCUUGGGAAUUCGAACCUGGAGUUGAGGCUGGUCAACGGAAGCAGCGCCUGCGCUGGCCUGCUGGAAGCGCGAGUCCAAGGCCGCUGGGGGACCGUGUGCGGCGGCCCCUGGAGCCCAAACGAGCUUUCUGUGGUCUGCAGGCAGCUGGGCUGCCUCUCUGGGGCCGACCCGGGCCCGGCCAACGUGAGCGACGUGGCCGGCCUCUCGUGGCUGGGCAACGUGUCCUGCCUGGGGAACGAGUCGGCCCUCGGGGACUGUGCGUGGCGCAGCCAUUGGGAGCAGCAGGCCUGCACGCCCGGCCAGCAGGUCCGGGUGAACUGCUCAGAGGUGGACGACCUGGAAGUGAGGCUGGCGGGCGGCCCGAACCGCUGCACCGGGCGGCUGGAAGUGAAGUACCAGGGCCAGUGGGGAACCGUGUGCGACGACAGCUGGGGCAAGCAGGACUCGGAGGUGGUGUGCCGGCAGCUGGGCUGCGGGCGGCCGUACCACGUGACGAGGCCGCCGGACGCCGGCACGGCCACGGGCCCCAUCUGGCUGGACGACGUCGCCUGCCACGGGAACGAGUCGGCUCUCUCGGACUGCGGCCACCGCGGAUGGGGGCAGCACAACUGCCACCACAACGAAGACGUCGGCCUGCUGUGCUCAGAAGGCGCAGACAUAGGCCUGAGGCUGGUGGGCGGCACGAACAACUGCUCGGGGCUGCUGGAGGUGACCAUGCACGGCCAGUGGGGCCGAGUGUGCGACUACAACUGGAACCGGGCCGUGGCGGCCGUGGUGUGCCGGCAGCUGGGCUGCCCCGCCCCGCUGGACGCCGUGAGCUGGUUCGAGGGCGGCGAGACGGCCGAGCAGACCUGGUUCAACAACAUCCGCUGCUCCGGGAACGAGUCGGCCCUCUGGGACUGCGACUACAACGGCUGGUCCGUGUCUGGCUGUGGCCCCCAGCACCACGCCAGGGUGACGUGCUCCGACGGAGGCGACUUGGAGCUGAAGCUCGUGGGGGGGGGCAGCCGGUGCGCGGGGACGGCGGAGGUGGAGCUGCAGGGGCUGCCGGGCACCGUGUGCCAGUCGGCCAUGACGAUGGAGGCGGGCGCGGUGAUCUGCAGACAGCUGGGAUGCGGCGGCGCCGUGAGCGUCUCCCACUCGGAGGGCUUCGCCGAGGACGGCGCGGCCGCACACAGGGGCCUCGCCGGCGUCUCCUGCACCGGGGACGAGGCCUCCCUCUGGGGCUGCACAGGCUGGCGCUGGGGGUCCCGGGCCUGUGAGGCGCCAUCCAAAGUCAUCUGUUCGGAGCACAUGAAGCCGGACCUGGACGGCGGGCGCGUGCCCUGCUCGGGCAGGGCCCUGGUGCAGCGCGAGGGCGCCUGGGGCUCCAUCUGCGCCCACGACUUCCCGCUCGCCACGGCCCGAGUGCUGUGCAGGGAGCUGCAGUGCGGCGCCCUCGUCUCCGUGGUGGACGCGGCGCGCUUCGGGCCCAGAACUGGCCACAUCCUGGACGAGGAGCUCAGGUGCAAAGGGGACGAGGCCCACCUCUCGCUGUGUCCCCGCGUGCUCCUCCCGGAGGGCAGCUGCAAGGACGGCCGGGACAUCGGCGUCGUGUGCUCGCGUUACCUGGAUGCCCAGCUGGUGGACGGCGGCUCCAAGUGCGAAGGCAGAGUGGAAAUCAAGGUCCAGGGGGACUGGGGCGCCCUGUGCGGCGCCUCCUGGGAUCUGGCCAACGCCAACGUCCUCUGCAGCCAGCUCGCCUGCGGCGUGGCGCUCUCCAUCCCCAGAGGAGCCCCCUUUGGCAAAGGCAGCGGCCACACGUGGAGCCAUCAGUUCCACUGCUCGGGGACGGAGAGCCACUUGGGGGAUUGCCCUGUGACCGCCCUGGGGGCGCCUCCGUGCCCCCCGGGAGACACCGCCUCGCUGAUAUGCUCGGGAAACCAGACCAAGACGGCGACCCCCUGCAACGACACCCUGCACGUCCCAGCCGGGGCGACGGCUCGUUUGAGGAACUCCACCGAAUGCUCAGAGAUCAGAGAGGUCCGCCUCGUGGACGGAGGAGACCGCUGCGCCGGGAGAGUGGAGCUCUACCACGACGGCUCGUGGGGCACCGUCUGCGACGACUCCUGGGACUUGAGCGAUGCCCACGUGGUGUGCCGGCAGCUGGGCUGCGGGGAGGCCUUCAACGCCACCGUUUCGGCCCACUUUGGACCGGGCUCCGGGCCCAUCUGGCUGGACGACCUGAAAUGCGCCGGCAACGAGUCCCAGGUGUGGGAGUGCCCGUCGCAAGGCUGGGGGCGGCACAACUGCCGCCACAAGGAGGACGCCGGCGUGAUCUGCUCAGGGGUGCUGGCUUUGAGGCUGCGCGGUGAGGCCGGCGCCGGCGGCUGCGCGGGGCGCCUGGAGGUCUUCUACAACGGCAGCUGGGGCGGCGUGGCCCGAAGCAAAAUGACCGCCUUCACCCCCGGGCUGGUGUGCGGCCAGCUGGGCUGUGGGGACAACGGCACGGUGCAAGCCGCCCCCCUCCGCCCGGCGCGCUCCGGGCCCACGUGGAUCAGCGACACCCAGUGCCCCGACGGGCCGGCCUCCUUCUGGCAGUGCCCGUCUGCGCCGUGGCAGAGGAGGGCCUCGAGGCCCGCAGACGAGGCCUGGAUCCGCUGCGCGGGGUGGAUCCGGCUGCGCGGCGGGGAGUCCCCGUGCUCCGGGCGCCUGGAGGUCUGGCACGAGGGCUCCUGGGGCACCGUGUGCGACGAUUCCUGGGACCUGGCCGACGCCGAGGUGGUGUGCCGGCAGCUGGGCUGCGGCGCGGCUCUGGCCGCCCCGGGGGAGGCCGCCUUCGGCCAGGGCAUCGGGCCCAUCUGGCGCAGGAACGUCGGCUGCCAAGGAAACGAGUCGUCCCUCUGGGACUGUCCGGCCGACCCUUGGGGGCAGGCGGCCUGCGGGCACAAGGAGGACGCGGGCGUCCGGUGCUCCGGUGCGCCCAGGGCUGCCGGACCUUCUGCAGGACGCAGAGGCUCCGCCGUGGCCUGGAUCGUGGCGGUCUUGCUCGUGGCCCUGCUGCUCCUUGCGGUCUUCUUUUGGGCUCGGCUUAGAAGAGGGAGCCACGGGAGAGGCCACCCCAGCGGAGGGAACCUGAACCCCAUGGCCCUCUUCCAGAAGACAGACUGCAAGUGGAAGGACGGCCAAAGCCUGCUUGACGACGCAGAGGCCCCCAGUGGAAGCGAGGACACUCCAGAGAGUAGCUCUACUGCCGCCUCCCGCUCUGAAACUCUUCUGGCUCCCUGGAGAAACAAAAGGGACGUUCAGCUCCGAAGGUAGCUCUGGGAAAAGGACAGUCACGGCAGAUGCGGUGACUCAGCUGGGAUGCUCUUCCGUUGAGUCUUUUUGGUUUUCCUCGUGGCCAUCGGAGCCCCGGAGGUGUGGCCAGUGUGAAGAGGCUUCCUGUUCCUUUUUGGUUUGCCUCCUCCUUGGAGAGGGGCUCGGGAGACACCCUUCCCGGGAUCUGGCGGCAUUUAUCGUGAGCUCAGCCCUUUGAAGAACACACCAACUCACUGGCCUGUGGACAACAGAGCUCACACUGGGAGUAGCAGCAGAUGCCGUUUAGAGACUCUUAAACCAGGUGCCUUGGCUCCCGAAGAAGCGCUCGGUCGGACUGUAGGCCAUUUGGGGGCUUUAGACAUCAUCAUGGGAAAUCUCUAGGUAACUAUCCAAAAGGAAAUAAAAGGGCCUCAAUCCGCUCAGAUCCCUA